AUGAACAUCGGUGACAUUCUGAUGAAUCAAGUUCCUUAUGAAAUUGUUGAUAAAUCUAUGUUGGUCACUCGUGCUUAUAAAUUUAUAUUGACUGAUUUCUAUUCUGAUAACUCCAAACAUGCUGUUUUAAUGGCCAAAAAAGCACAAGCUUUCUUUGAAAUUGCAACCCAGGUAUUAACUUUUGCCUAUGGUAUCAGAAUUGCUUGGUACUUGAAAGGGAAAAAUGCAAGAAUUUUAAAAGUAUUUUUGCAGUCUCUUUUGGUUCAUCUUAUUGCUUGGAGUUAUUUUGGUAAAUUCACUAUUGCUUCAUUAUAUGUCCAUAUGAAAUUUACUGGUGUUUUUGACGUUAGUGAAUUAUUAAGUGUGGUUGGAAAUGUUAUUGAAAUGUUUGAUUUGAAAGUUCGAGCAUUGCAAGUAGUUGAUAUGGUAUUACUUUGGAUUAUUUGGAGUACCAAAAAGCCUUACAAUGUUGACGAAGUUGAACACAGAGACGAUAAAAAGAAAAGACGUUAA